CCCAAACCUCAAACUCCAUUAACCCCCAAGUAACAAUUGACGCUGUGGGAUGCGGCCGAGGACGCUUCAGUUGCAGAGGAGAAAUACAGCGCGUCGCAGGCACCAAAGACGGAAAACAAGGCCUCACUUCUACUGGUCUGAACUGAUCUGAACUGGUCUGGUCUGAAUUGGUCUCAACCGGUCUCAACUGUCUCACUGGCCUCAAGAACCUGACCUGAGCCUACCACGCUUCUUCUUGCUUGCUACUUGCUACUUGCUUUCUGCGCACCUCCUCACUCAUCUGCACUAUCUCAUCACCAGACGCCCACGCCCAAGCCCAACUUUCUCCUUCAAUUUCCAUCCCAUUCAUCCACGCUCAAUCUCAAUUCCAUCACAGUCUCCAUUCUCUAAUUCUUCCUUCUCCAUUCAUCUCGCGCUUCCAAUCUCCCUCCUUACACUGCAAUUCAUUCUCUCUCCAUCAUGUCUACUGAUCGCGAAAGCAAAACUUUCCUCGCGAGGCUCUGCGAGCAGGCCGAGCGUUAUGACGAGAUGGUCAACUACAUGAAAGAAGUUGCAAAUCUGGGCGGCGAGUUGUCCGUCGAUGAGCGAAAUCUUCUCUCGGUCGCUUACAAGAACGUCGUUGGCACCCGACGUGCGUCCUGGCGCAUCAUCUCCUCCAUCGAGCAAAAGGAAGAGUCCAAGGGUUCGGACAAGCACGUCGGCACCAUCCGGGAAUACCGCCAGAAGAUCGAGACCGAACUCGAGAAAGUCUGUCAAGACGUGCUCGAUGUUUUGGACCAAGCCCUCAUCCCCAAGGCCGAGUCGGGAGAAUCCAAGGUCUUCUACCACAAAAUGAAGGGUGACUAUCAUCGAUAUCUCGCCGAAUUCGCCUCUGGCGAGAAGCGCAAGGUUGCCGCUACCGCCGCACACGAAGCAUACAAGAAUGCCACCGAUGUUGCACAGACUGAGCUCACCCCAACGCAUCCUAUCCGCCUCGGCCUGGCCCUGAAUUUCAGCGUCUUCUACUACGAAAUCCUCAACUCUCCUGACCGAGCCUGUCAUCUUGCCAAGCAAGCCUUUGAUGAUGCCAUUGCCGAACUCGACUCGCUGUCCGAAGAGUCCUACCGUGAUAGUACGCUGAUCAUGCAGCUGCUUCGAGACAACUUGACUCUGUGGACUUCGUCCGACGGUGGUGACGGCGAAGCCGGCCCGGCUGGCGAGGCUCCCAAGGAAGAUAAGGCUGCUGAACCUGCCCCUACUGACGCCGAAACCAAGACCGAUGCUGCCCCAGCCUCCUAGACAGUCUGGCUAUUAGUUCCGCGGACGGUCGUGCGUUGAGCUUCAGGCCGGGUCUGAACCUCCACUUCUUGUCAUCGCUCCAUCGAGGCUGGGUUUCAAUUCUCAAGAGCGGAACUCUUCUAGACCUGCGCACAUGGCUUUGGGAAGAGAUGCAAGCGACACCACACGGAGCGUGGAUUUGGACCAAGGAGGAGAUGAUUGCCGACGGGACCGCGCAGCCGGCAGAGAUUCCGGACCUCUUUCCCCACCCACCAGUCACCAUCUACGUCGACACGAGAUGCGAAUCCCAGCACAGAAAUGUUUUUCCUCUUUCCUUUACACUACGAUACCACCCAGCUUUAGCUUUGGUAGGCUGAAUAAGUGGCGUUAGCAAGCGUGCGAAAGAUCCAUCACAAUCACAAUCACAAUCUGGAUCUGUCUUGACCAA